UCAGGCACGAGGAGGCGCACGUGGGCGCAGGCGGCUCCCAGGCCCGAUGGGCAAACAGCCGCCGCCGGGUCCGUCGGGCCGCGGUGCUCGGGGGGAGCCGCGCAAGGGCAGCCAAGAGAAAAAGAAAACCAACUCAAAGCCCAAACAUCUUGAUGAGCAGGAAAUCCCCUAUCGGCUCCGGGAGCUCAUGAAGAGCAGAGAGGAGAUGAAAAACCCCAAGAGCAAGAAGAGAAGGAAAGCAGUGAGCAAAAGGAAGCCUGCGGCCCCAGAUCCCGCAGCCCAGGGCGAUAUUCCCGUGCCCAAGUUCAAGAGGCGGAAGCAAGAGUCGGUGUCGGCUUACAUCCAGCGCAUGGAGCAGGAGACCCAGCAUGUCCUGUUUCUUACCAAAAACCAGCUGCAGCGCGAGCCUGAGACUGAGGAGCCGGCCCCGGCGAAGUCACAGAAGAAGAAGGAAUUUCAGAAUAAACGACUGGAGAAAAUGCGAAAGAAGCGAGAGGAGAAGAAAGCAGCGAUGCUGGAGAAGACCUUGUUCCAAGAUCCAGUCCAGUUUGGCGAGGUCGCCAUGCAGCCGCCAGCGCUUACCGUGAAGCCCAGAAAGGGGGCAAUCAAAGAGAAGGCUGGUCCGAGGCAGCUCCUGCUGACAGCUCUUCUGGCUCCCGGCCACGCGGCUCCUGCCCGCAAAGCUGCCCCCAUGUCCCUCGCUCGCCAGCGCAUCGUGGAGGAGGAGCGGGAGAGGGUCAUCCAGGCCUACAGGAACCUAAAGAAACGCAGACAGCAGCAGGCGCCUGAGAGCUGCCUCGCGGGGGACAAGCAGGAGACGCCAGUCUGAGCCCUCGGGCAGCCAGUGCCGUCCUGGGGAGGAGACGGACAUGGCUUUGGUCUCUCAGUACAUGGGGGGAUGCUGAUGUGGUGAGAGGUGUCCUCAGGUGUUCCAGGGAUCUGCUGUAGAGGGAGGAGCCCUCCCCAGUCAGUCUGACUGAGUCACCAGGACACAGGCCCACGAGGGCAGGAUCUCACAGCCCCUCCCUCAGUGUGUGGAGCACAAGGCUCUUAGCCAAGCACCGACAGCAGCCAGCCCCUCACCUGGUGCAACAUGCUGCAUCAGGCCCCAGAACUCUGCUCUGCCCCCCUCCUGCCGGAGCAGAACCACCUGUGACGGGAGGGUGCAGGUCACUCCAGCCCCCGGACCCAGUCUUUGGGAUCCGCUCCUUGUCGCUCGCAGGCCCAGCCCAGAGGCGACACCGUGUUAGCGGCAGGAGGCAGGCACGGCGCCAUGGCUUGGGCUCUGUGCGGAAGGAAGGGUAAAGGGAGGUGCUGGAAACGCCCAUUCGUGGCCAUAUAUCCCUGCUGCUCUCCGAGUGCCGCCUGCCUUCUCGGCCGGGGGAGCUCACUGGGCCGGGUCCCAGAGGUGCCGAAGCCGCUGAUAUGAAACACUCGCGCUGAGCUGCCUGUUUGUGUCCCUGAGCACCUCACCCUCACCGGGCACACGCAGGGCAGGCCCCCGGGGUGGCUGCAGAGCCGGCAGGCUGCUCCUGCCAGCCGCAGCGUGGGGGUGUUUGCUCCUUCAGCCAAACUGAAUAAACAGCAGGAAAACGAA